AUGGCUAUUCGAGAGAGUGAAAAGAUGAUUGUGUUGUUGAAUCAGAUGGGUUGUAUUGUUCCUGUUUCUUUUACUGGUGGAGAAAAGUAUGCGGAGGAGCUUUUGAGGAGUUUUUGGUAUGAUGAGAAGUUUAAGGGGGGUGUUACGAUUUUGAGUGCUCUGGCUUCUGUUCUGGUGUGA